AUGUCGACUGCGGAGCAAAAUGCCACAAGCACACGACCUCCAGGCCGCAUCCGCCCAGCCAGACCCCGCCGCGUGCUAAUCGUCCCCAACCCCAUAAUCCCCCCACGCGAGCUCUCCAACACGCCCAAGCAAGAAACCCACCGACCAUGGAGCACAAACACCAUCAAACGGCGAACCGAGCGCCACACCGCCCAAGAACUCACUCCCUCCCCACCCCCCCCACCCCCCCCCAUCCAAAAACCCCAAGACGACCCACCCGCCCCCCCAAUCUGGGCCCCCGACCGCCCAACAACCCACGUAAAAGCGCACUACACCGCCCAGCAAGACCUAAACUGGCACUGGGAAUCCCUCCCGCCGACCAUCGCCCAAACCGCACAGGCAAACCACUUCUUCACCACUUACGGCAAGACCGCAAAACUCCUCCGCAGCAUCCCCCUCUUCCGCCUCACCCCGGAAUCCGACGUGCCGGAGAUAGCCUUCGUCGGGCGCAGUAACGUGGGCAAAUCCUCGCUCCUAAACGCCAUCGUAAACGCAGAUAUCAAGGCCCUCCUCGCACGCACAUCCGCAACCCCAGGCUUCACAAAGACAAUGAACAUGUACGGCCUCGGCCCGCACGGCGGCGUAACACUCAAGUCUAAAGCGGGCCAGCGCGAGAAGAUCACGGGUUUGGGUGGCCUGACUAUAGUCGACAUGCCGGGCUACGGACAGGGCUCGCUCGCCUCCUGGGGCGCAGAGAUCAUGAAAUACAUUCAGUCGCGCAAGCAGCUGCGUCGUGUCUUUGUGCUUCUCGACGCCCAGCACGGGAUCAAGGAUAAGGACCGCUCGCUGCUCGCUUCGCUGCGUCUAGCGGGCGUCAGCCACCAAGUUAUCUUGUCGAAGGUGGAUAAGAUUUUCCUGCCCCCUGCGCGCGUUAUCAAGCACUUCAAUGGCAAGGAGCUGAGUAGCCUGCGCCCCAAGGGCACGCGCGAGGGCCUUAUGCAGGAGAUGCAGAAGCUCAAGGCCGAGAUUCAACCCCCUGUUGGAGGCGGUGCGUUGGGCGAGAUCCUGGCGUGCAGUGCUGAGACGCUGGUUGAUGGGAAGAGGCUGGGUAUUGAUCAGGUGAGGUGGGCGAUUCUUAAGGCGGCGGGGCUGGAGGGGAAGGUUAAGGGGCAGAAAAAGGUUAAGGGGGUUGUGGGGAUGAAUGUGAGGACGCAUUUUGUGGAGUAG